UUCGCGCCAAAACAUCAAAUAAAUACCUUCCUUUCACAAUCAUCCAACAAAUUUUCAAUUCAUAGGUGUACUAUUUGACGUGUUUUGUUACGUAUUGUUACAAAAAAAGUAGUACUGACAAUCUGAAACAGCAUUAUAUUUAGCAAUAAUGGAAUCUAAUGGAAUAGAUUUAAACCAUGACGAAUACCAAUAUCUUAAACUUGUGAAAGAAAUUAUAGAUAAAGGCGACAAAAGGAUUGAUAGAACUUGUGUGGGUACACUGUCAGUAUUCGGGGCAAUGCAAAGGUAUUCUCUAAGAAAUAACAUAUUACCACUAUUAACAACUAAAAGAGUGUUUACAAGGGGUGUAAUUGAAGAGUUACUGUGGAUGAUAUCUGGUUCAACAGAUAGCAAAGUUCUUGCCCAAAAAGGAGUUCACAUUUGGGAUGCUAAUGGCUCCAGAGCAUUUCUUGAUAAUUUAGGUUUCACUGACAGAGAGGAGGGUGACCUCGGUCCUGUGUAUGGUUUCCAAUGGAGACACAGUGGGGCCAAAUAUAUUGAUGCAAAGACUGAUUAUACUAACCAGGGGAUUGAUCAACUCCAAAAUGUUAUAAACACUAUUAAAAAUAAUCCAGCCGACAGGAGGAUGAUAAUGUGUGCAUGGAAUCCGUCAGAUCUCAGUCAAAUGGCUCUACCUCCUUGUCAUUGUCUUGUUCAGUUCCAUGUGGCUAAUGGAAAAUUGAAUUGCUUAAUGUAUCAAAGGAGUGCAGAUAUGGGGCUGGGCGUGCCAUUUAACAUUGCCAGCUAUUCGCUUUUGACACACAUGAUUGCACAUGUCACAGGAUUAGAGGCAGGUGAGUUUGUACACACGACAGGUGAUACUCAUGUAUAUUUAAAUCAUAUUGAACCAUUACAGAAGCAAUUAGAGAGAAAACCAAAACCAUUUCCAACACUGGAAUUUGCUCGGAAAGUUGAAACAAUUGACGAUUUCAAAUAUGAAGACUUUAUCAUAAAAAAUUAUAAUCCCCAUCCUAAAAUUGAAAUGGAAAUGGCUGUAUAACAAGCUUAAAUAAUGUUCAUAUUUUUUUCUUUACAUAUUAAUAUCUAGAUUUUAAAAAAUAGGUCAAAUUAUUUUA